AUGCCUAUGCCUAUGCCUAUGCCUAUGCCUAUGCCAUCUCCACCCUCAAACUCUGGGCGUUCUAGUGGUGCUGUAGGAUCAGGGCAUGUAGAGUCUUCUCGUCAUCGUCACCUUUCUCCGCCCCGAGAAUCUAGAAUGGUAGGGCAGUACCCUGCCGAGAUCUCGGUAGCGCCAAAAUCCAAUAACAAGAAACCGAGGGCGUAUCCUACAUCAGCACUAUCGCCUGCCAUGUCACCGACCCUAGCAUCUACAGCAACCCCAUUUGCAUCAGGCGAGUUCUAUCCACCAAUGAAUAAUACUAUCGGACCCAGUCACUCCCCUCCCCAGUACUUUCCUCUCUCGCAGUGGCUUCAGGCUCCCUGGCUUCGCAUGGCCUCUCAGCUGCCCAGCAUUUCCUUCCCAACAAUGUCUAUGCCAGUCCCGAUCCACUAUGUGUUCAAGCCCAAGAAAGUGCAGCUGACGGAUGGAAACCUGGUGCUGGACACUUCUGUUCCUUCGAGCUACCUUUCUGCGGUCGAUCAUCAAUCCGGCAAGGAGUUUGAGACGAUGCGAUACAUGGCGGUGACUUGUGAUGCGGAUAUGGUACCCGAGGGACGCUACAAGUUGAGGACUCACAGUUUGAACCGAUCUAUCGAGAUUGCCAUCUGCCUUACGGUCAACGAGGAAUCGCCACAAGCAUUCUGUCUGACGUUGCAUUCACUGAUAAAGAACAUCAAGCAGAUGUGCGCGCCAGAGUCCAAAUACAAGUCGCACAAGAACCCCAUCUGGUCGGAGGAGGACUCAUGGAAGAAGGUUGUCAUCUGCAUCGUGGCCGACGGUCGACGGAACCUCAACCCUGCCAUCCUCAAGGUCCUCGCCUCCAUGGGAUGCUGGCAGGAAGGUGUCGCCAAGAACCAAGUCAACGGCAAUGCCGUCCAAGCGCAUAUCUUUGAGUACUCAACACAAGUGUCGGUGGAUAGCAAAAUGAAGCUCAAAGGACGGACGCUCAAGAACAGCAAUAAACACCACUUCCCACCAAUCCAGAUCGUCUUUUGCCUCAAGGAGCGACACACAAAGAAGCUCAACUCUCACCGCUGGUUCUUCAACGCUCUUUGUCCACUACUCCAGCCCAAGAUCACCUUGCUCACUACUGCAGGAGCCAAAAUCGGCAGCGGCAGUCUCUUUCAUCUCUGGAACGCAUUUGACAGGAACCCAAACACCGCAGGAGCAUGUGGAGAGAUCCGAGUUGCCAAGGGGUUGCUCUGGUGGAAGGUCCUGAACCCCAUCAUCGCUGCCCAGACCUUUGAAUACAAGGUAUCGAGCGUUCUGGAGAAGCCGUUCGAGAGCAUCUUUGGGUACAUUUCCGUUAUGCCUGGCGCUCUUGUUGCCUACCGCUACGAAACUCUCUUGCCCGAGCCCAUCUCAGGAAAAGGACCACUCACCACCUACUUUGAGCCGGACUAUCUGAUUUUCAGUGACGACCAUCGGGAUGUGGGCGAGGUACUCGAGUACUCGUACUUUGCAGAGGAUCAGAUCCUGCCCUUCCUGGUGGUGACACGACCUCACGCACAAAACACGAUGCAGUAUGUCCGUUCAGCUUGGGCCGAAACUGAGCUCCCUGCAGGAGUUGGCAGCUUUUUGGGCAUGAAACGGAAAUGGCAGAACAGACGGUUUUUUGGUAUAAUCUAUGCGGUUUCGCAUGUUGCAGCGAUCUGGAGGAGUGGACAUAACAUUGCUAGGAAGCUUUGGUUAACGUUGGAGAUCAUCUAUCUAGGAUGCGACACCAUUUUCUGGUUCCUUGCUCUGGGCAACUACUACCUCGUCUUUUACUAUAUGGCGAAGACGCUUGCUGUCGCGCCUCACUUCUCUCUUGGCGGGACAGGAUUCAUGUUGAUGCGCUACAUCUACAUCUGCUUGAUUGUCGUGGUUACGAUGAUUUCUCUGGGCAAUCGGCCUCGCGGGCAAUCGCUCUACCUGUUCAUUCUGAGUUUUGUCUUCUUUGCAUGCAUCCAAGCUUACAUCCUCUUCGCCGCCGGAUACCUGACAUUCCUCCACGCGACCGAGUUCCUCCCCUAUGCCAAAUGGGAAUCCUUCGCGACCGUCGUCGCUGUCUUCAAGGCUGCAGGAUACCAUGUCUUGAUUCUGGCUCUGGUCUGUUGUUAUGCGGUUUAUCUCGUCUCGGCGAUCCUUUAUGGCGAACCGUGGCAUAUGAUUGCCUGCUUUGUUCAGUUCAUGCUGUUGCUGCCGAGCUAUGUGAGCGUUUUGGGCGUCUAUGCUUUCUGUAACAUGCAUGAAGUCAACUGGGGAAUCAAGGAGCCAGAGGACCAUGAAAAGGACCCACUAAUCAGUCGCGACGCCAUCUACCACGCAUCAACGGUCCUAAUGCCCGACGAACGCUCUGUCGCCGCAUCAUACCAAGACGCCCUCGACGACCUCGACCGCAAAAAACGACCCAAGACCUCCACAUCCAUCCUCCCCCUCCACUCCGGCUCCUCUUCCUCCUCCUCCCUCCUCCCUCAACCAAUCACCUCCGAAAAGGCCGCACCCAAAGGAAUAGCAACCCGACCACGCCAGGACGACAUCAAGACAAUGCAAUCAGAUUACUAUACCACCUUCCGGACACGGAUUCUGUUACUCUGGAUUGUUGCCAAUGGUGCCCUAGUGAUCACCGUCUCUGCUGAUCAACUGGCGCCUUAUCUGACGUUGGAUGAUGGGUCAAAUCUGUAUGUGACGAUUGUGGUUUGGAUUAUUACUGUGGGUGCCACGGGGAGGUUUUUGGGCAGUUUGGUGUACCUUCUGGGUUGGAUAUGGCAGUUCUUGCGCCAGUUGGUUUCAUAG